CCCCGCCUCUUGCUAAGCUUGUGCAGAACUGUCGAAAUGUUGACUUCACAAUUAUAGUAGAAGCUAUAAUAAUUGCCUCAACGGUUUAUAUGAAGUUUUUUUUCUUCAGUGUUUAAAGUUGAGGUAAACGGGUCGGUUAUAAAAAUGAUCCGGAGAUUUCUCCCCGCUUCCGUUCCCAUGCUUUCUGCCGCAGUAAGGUGCUUGUCUACGGGCUCGGUGAGCAUCAACGUCCCGCUAAACUUCUGGGCUGGACAGAGAAGGAGAAGCAUAGAAAAACGCGAUAAGGAGAAAGUUUAUGAACCCGCCACGGGCCGUGUCUUGUGCCAUUUGGAGCCAUGUGGUAAAGAGGAUGUCAGUCAGGCUGUGGAGGCGGCUAAGUCGGCAUUUGGCCCCUGGAGCAGAAUGUCAGGGAUGGAGAGAGCAAGGAUCAUGAUAGAAGCUGCUCAUUUAAUCGAGAGCAGGAGAGAGGAGAUCGCUGAGAUGGAGGUGGUCAAUAAUGGGAAGUCCAUCACUGAGGCCCGUUUAGAUGUGGACUCUGCUAGACUGUGUAUAGAAUAUUACGCAGGAGUGGCCAGCACUUUGGCAGGCCAGCAUGUUCAGCUACCUGGGGGAUCCUUUGCCUACACCCGCAGGGAGCCUCUCGGAGUGUGCGUAGGCAUCGGCGCCUGGAAUUAUCCCUUCCAGAUCGUUGCCUGGAAGUCCGCUCCAGCACUGGCCUGUGGUAACUCCAUGGUGUUCAAGCCAUCACCAGUCACACCAGUGACAGCGGUGCUACUGGCUGAGAUCUAUGCCAAGGCUGGAGCUCCAGAGGGGCUGUUCAAUGUGGUGCAGGGUGGACAGGAAACAGGCAGCUUACUGUGUCACCACCCUGAUGUCGCUAAGGUGUCCUUCACAGGAAGUGUGCCCACAGGACAGAAGAUCAUGGAAAUGGCAUCAAAGGGAAUAAAGCCGGUGACUCUGGAGCUGGGGGGGAAAUCUCCUGUGAUCAUAUUCAAGGACUGUGAUCUAGAGAACGCCGUGAGAGGAGCGCUCAUGGCCAACUUCCUGUCUCAAGGCCAGGUCUGCAGCAAUGGCACCAGGGUGUACGUGCAGAAGGACAUUAUGGCCGAGUUCGUUAAGGAGGUGGUUAGGAGAACUCAGGCGAUUACAAUAGGAGACCCACUGCUGGAGAGCACCAGAAUGGGAGCGCUGGUCAGCCGGCCACAUCUGGACAAAGUGUUAUCCUUUGUAGAGCAAGCAAAAAAAGAGGGAGCCAAGGUGUUGUGUGGAGGAGAACCUUUAGUCCCAUCGGAUCCUAAACUCAGAGGUGGAUACUACAUGACGCCGUGUGUCCUCGGUGACUGCACUGAUGAGAUGACCUGUGUGAAAGAGGAAAUCUUUGGUCCCGUCAUGUCUGUGCUGUCCUUUGAAAAGGAAGAGGAGGUUCUGCAGAGGGCCAACAACACUACACUGGGUCUGGCUGCUGGUGUCUUCACAAGGGAUGUGACCCGAGCCCAUCGUGUGGUGGAACAGCUCAAAGCCGGAUCCUGUUUCAUCAACAACUACAAUAUCACUCCGGUGGAGGUUCCAUUUGGAGGCUUCAAAAUGUCAGGUAUAGGACGGGAGAACGGCCAGGUGACGAUUGAGUUCUACUCCCAGCUAAAGACUGUGUUUGUGGAGAUGGGAGACGUGGACAGCCUCUUUUAGACCCCCGCCCGCCCGCCAGAGGAAGUGUGAGCAGCGACCAGAGCGAAGGAGCCGUCAGAGGGAGGGAAUGUUCAGAGAAACCAGCUCUGAUUGAUGGGGAUCAAUUAAAGAAUGACGUGUUUGCAGCACUACCUAAAUGAAUAACACUAAAACACGAGCUGUUAACAACCAGGUUUUAUUUCAGUGACCACUGAACACAUUUCUGCACUAAUGAACUGAACUCUUUACAGUAAGUUUGCUCUUUUUUUAAAUGAUCUCUUUAAUGAUCUCUGUAGCUUCGUGGUUAGAAAUCCCAUAAACUGAAGCAGAUCCUGAACAGUGGAUGUAAAUAAACUCCGGUAACACCGUGCUGAA